UUCAAACGUCAGAAGCGGAUACCCCCUUGACUGGAGACACGAUGUCCCUCACCGUGAAAAACAUUUCUGUCAUUUACAAUCCUAUCAAUCAGAACAAUACCUUCACCAGCGGGGAUUUUAUAUCGGGACAAGUCAUUCUAGAUGUAGCGAAGGACACGAAAAUGCAGUCGCUGAGUGUGAAAAUUAAAGGGAAAGCAGAGGUUUGCUGGACCGAGCGUCACGGUAAAACCACUGUUGUUUACUCGGAUAAGGAGAAGUAUUAUUCAGUGGAGAAGUUUUUCGUUCGGGAGGAAAAAACGCAUGGUAAUCACCACGAGACGCUGAAAGAUCCAUCAGGACAGCCGUAUCCUUCGGUUGUGGUACCUGGACGUCAUGUUUAUCCAUUCACCUUUCAGUUGCCUCUACAGCACUUCCCACCAACCUUUAAAGCUUCAGUUGGAAAAAUCGUCUACACUUUGGAGACAAAACUAUCCCGAUCAAUGCGUAUUUCUAGCAAAGCCAAAGCAGAGUUUCACUAUGUCCCCAGUCCUGUUGUGUCCAAUCCUGAACUAAUGGCACCUCAGUAUGGAACCAAAGAUAAACAAAUGAAACUCUUCACCUCUGGGAGUGUCUCCAUGAACAUAAACACUGAGAAAAUGGGAUACUACCUCGGAGAGGGCUUGAAAAUUUUGGCUGAAGUUCAGAACAAUACAUCCCGUACAAUCAAGCCAAAAUACUGCCUGUAUGAAAAACACAGUUUUUUCGCAAGAGGAAAGAGAAAACUUCACACACAGGACCUUUUUAAAGAGGAAGGGGAUCCUAUUGAGCCGAACUCAAGAAAAACCGUCACCAAAGUGCUGCCCAUUCCUCCCAGCCUUACCGUCUCUAUCCUAAACUGUAGGGUACUCAAGGUUGAGUACAGACUCAGGGUCUACCUGGAUGUGCCGUAUGCCUCAGACCCGGAGAUCAAAUUCCCAAUAGUGAUUCUUCCUCUUCAGUCUUUAUCAGCUGCAAGUAGUGCUACAAACAGUGACUUUCAAGUCUGGAAUGCGUACCGCAACCCGCCUCAAUCUGCCCCACCACUUAAUGUUUUUGGACAACCUGGUCAGUUUGCGGCCCCUGGCCACUACAGACCUCCUCUCAGUCAGUUUCCUGCUCCUGGUUACCCUGGACCUCCUCUCAGUCAGUCUCCUGCUCCUGGUUACCCUGGACCUCCUCUCAGUCAGUCUCCUGCUCCUGGUUACCCUGGACCUCCGGGUCAGUUUGCCCCCUCUAGUUACGCUGGACUUCCUGGUCAAUUUGGUCCUACAGUUUCACAUCAGUCUGACUCAUCAGCUCCACCUCCAUAUCUGGAUUAUCAACUAUAUCCACAGUUGCCAGACCACCCUGAAAAAUCUUAGAAUCCCCUUCUAGGUUUCUUUUAUUAAUAUUGUUUUAUCUAAAUUGCUAGAAUGAUUCAUAUUAAUUAAGGCUGUCAAAAUUAA